AUGCUGAUGCCGCGGGAUCGCCUGCGGGCGAUCUACGAAAUCCUUUUCAGAGAUGGAGUCAUGGUGGCGACCAAUGACGAAAGGCCGCAGAGCCGCCAUGCCGAGGUGCCCGGUGUCACCAACCUACAGGUGAGCAAAGCCAUGGGCUCGCUGAAGUCACGGGGGUUCGUCCGGGAGACCUUUGUAUGGAGGCAUUGCUACUGGUACCUCACUAAUGAAGGCAUCGCUUACCUGCGCCAGUACCUUCAUCUCCCUCCUGAGAUUGUGCCGGCGUCUCUCCAGAGAGUGAGGCGUCCCGUGCCUCCCCAAGGUGCACCCAGGAGGACACCUUCUGCCAAUGUCCAGUCUGUCCGAGGGCCUACAUCCUACGUUCCAAAGCCCCAGGGCGACGUGGAGAGGCAGGAGUACCGGCGAAGAGAGCAGACUGUGAUCCAGAGAGGACAGAACAGCACGCAUGGCUCCGCCACUCCCCACGUGGUUGAGAACAGCUGGCAGGAAGGUGGGUGGCAGAGAUGGGCGGACAGGGAUGAGCAGAAGGGGGGAACAAGUUACCCUAGUCAUGCUUUUAAUGUCCUGAAUGGAGGAGAGAAAUGGGGGAGCAGUAGGGAAAGUCAAAAGUGGGAUGAGGGUAGAAAGAGCUCUGUAGAGAGGACAUCUUUGGAGAUCACAGAGAGAAGGAUAGCUGAGAAGAGACUGGCAGAGACACAAGGGCUUAGGAAGCCGGAGGUGACCAGCAAGCAGGCAGUGAGAGCACAUGCUGACUUUCUGACAGCUCUGAGUCCUAUCGCCUCCAUUCAUGAGAGACGGGACGAGAGAAGGGAGGAGACUCAAGCCAGAGAGUCUGAGAUCAUUAUAAAUAGCGUCACCUCAACCUCCCGGCUACAGUAUGCAGGGAAUAAACCAUGGCCCAGACUGCUACAAACACAGGAGGAGGACAAAAACCUAGUCGUAGAAAAAUCAAAUGAGCACCAUGUAGUCCCCUUAGUGACUAGAACACCCGUCAGUACUCCUAAAACACUAGAGACCACCAACCAGCAAGGGGAAAACAUGGAGGUCAAAGAGACCUCAACAGUUCAAAAGAUAUUGGAACAGGAGCCCAGGCAAGGCAAGAGCCAAUCCAAAAAGCAAAAAGAGAAGAAGCCAAGCAGGGCAGAGGUAGUGGAGGCUGUGCAGGCCUCAGGCAUAAUGGCCUCUCUUGUUGAGUCAGUAAAAUUAGAAGCGAAGCAAGAGGAUAAGCAGAAAAAUGAUUCUCAAAUGAUGGACCAUCUAGAUGUACAAGUCACUGAAGCUCAGGUAGCUUCAAACCCAGAGGCUGUAGAGUCACAGGGUGAAGGGAGUAAGCAAAAAAACAAAAAGAAAAGAGAGAGAGAGAUUUCUGAAAUUCCAAGUCUAGUGACUUCAACAGCCACACCUCUAAUCACCAAGGCAAAAUCCGACCUCCAGUUAGAGGUCAAAGGUCAGAAGGAACAGAAGCUUGCCCAGGAAAAAAUAUCAGAAAAACAUAAAAAGCAAAGUUCUGAAUCAAAUCUUCGGCCCAAGAGUGAGGCCAAGAAGGAAGAGCCCAAGAGUGAGGCCAAGAAGGAAGAGCCCAAGAGUGAGGCCAAGAAGGAAGAGCCCAAGAGAGUGAGGCCAAGAAGGAAGAGCCCAAGAGUGAGGCCAAGAAGGAAGAGCCCAAGAGUGAGGCCAAGAAGGAAGAGCCCAAGAGUGAGGCCAAGAAGGAAGAGCCCAAGAGUGAGGCCAAGAAGGAAGAGCCCAAGAGUGAGGCCAAGAAGGAAGAGCCCAAGAGUGAGGCCAAGAAGGAAGAGCCCACGAGUGAGGCCAAGAAGGAAGAGCCCAAGAGUGAGGCGAAAAAGGAAGAGCCCAAGCCCAAGAGUGAGGCGAAAAAGGAAGAGCCUAAGAGUGAGGCUAAAAAGGAAGAGCCCAAGCCAAAGCGUGAGGCUAAGAAGGAGGAGCCAAAGCGUGAGGCUAAGAAGGAAGAGCCUAAGAGUGAGGCUAUAA